AUGGCGUCUUCAAUGGGCGGCAUGUUCCCCGGCCAACAGCCGCCGCCAGUUCACCCCGUCCCGGGCGCGAGCGGCUCGGUCCAGCCGGGCUUUCCUGUUCCGGCGAACCGUAGCACGGGAAACAACACGCUAGUGGACGAACUGGAGGCCUCGUUCGAGGCAUGUUUCGCCUCGUUGGUAAGCCAAGACUACGUGAACGGAACUGACCAAGAGGAGAUCCGAACAGGCGUGGACCAGUGCAUCCAAAAGUUUCUGGACGUGGCCCGGCAGACUGAAUGCUUCUUCCUGCAGAAGAGGCUUCAGUUGUCAGUGCAGAAGCCGGAGCAGGUGGUCAAAGAGGACGUUUCAGAGUUGCGCAACGAGCUCCAGAGGAAGGAGCUGCUGGUGCAGAAGCACCUGUCCAAACUUCACACGUGGCAACAAGUUCUGGACGAAGUCAGCGUGCAGCAGCAGCAUCGCAAGGCCAGUGAGCUGCCCCCGCCCGGACCGCUGGCCUUCCUGGAGCAGGCGUCCGCCAGUUUGCCUCCUGCCCCGCUAAAGCCCACCUAG